UCUACCCCUGGACUUCCUCAUCUCUCGUUCAACACUUGGAUGGCACCCCAGACGGCCGCCUGGCUCGCCUGUCAGGAAAGCUGGCCCUGGGUCUUGGCCUCGUAUGCUCCGGCUCUUUGGCUUCAAGCCGGUAGACGCAGCGAAAGACGUCUGUGAAAAAUAUCUUCACCCUGAGCAACAGAAGUGGAGCUUCAGGAUGCGGACGGAGGAGCUACAGCCCUCCCACAUUAAGAAGGAAGAGGAAUACCCACUGAUCCCCCAUUUUAAAAAGGAAGCGGAGGACCCACUGACACCCCAUUUUAAAGAGGAAGAGGAGGACCCACUGACACCCCAUUUUAAAGGGGAAGCGGUGGAUCCACUGAGCCCUCACAUUAAGGAGGAAGAGGAGUACCCACUGACCCCUCACAUUAAAGAGGAAGAGGAGGAACACAGCAUCAGUCAGCAGGGAGAGCAUCUUGAAGGACUGGAGGAGUUUGAUGUCACCAAGAUGCCAGUGACUGGUGUCCCUGUGAAGAGUGAAGGUGAUGAGGUCAAAGGUGAGAGUGAGGAGAAGAGAGAGGCGGAGCCUCCAAGCAGCAGCUCAACACAACACAUGACAACAGAAGGUGAUGGAGACCACUGUGGAGGAUCACAAGCAGACAAGAUGUUAGCUCCACUAUCAGAUAGUGAGGACACAACGUCACACUCGCCUGACACUGAUGAUGAACACUCUAAAGAUGAUGCAACAUGUCACACUGACAACACUCACUUCAAAUGUUCUCUCUGUGACAAAACUUUUAAAUAUCCAAGUUAUUUGAAAAGACACAUGAGAACACACACUGGAGAAAAAACGUCUUCAUGUUCACUCUGCGGUAAAGAUUUUACUAAUAGGCACGAUUUGAAAAUACACAUGAGAAUACACAGUGGAGAAAAACCUUUUUCCUGCUCAGAAUGUGGUAAAAGGUUUGUAACAAAUCAAAGUUUAAAAGCACACAUGGGAACACACACUGGGGAAAAACCUUUUUCAUGUACAAUCUGCGGUAAAGGUUUAACUCAUAGGCAACAUUUAAAAGUACACAUGAGAAUACACACUGGAGAAAAACCUUUUUCCUGCUCAGAAUGUGGUAAAAGUUUUAUAAUAAAUCAAAGUUUAAAAGUACACAUGAGAACACACACUGGAGAAAAACCUUUUUCAUGUUCAAUCUGCGGUAAAGAUUUUACACAUAGGCCACAUUUGAAAGUACACAUGAGAACACACACUGGAGAAAAGCCUUUUUCAUGUUCAAUCUGCGGUAAAGAUUUUACUCAAAGGGAGCAUUUCAAAACACACAUGAAAAUACACACUGGAGAAAAACCUUUUUCAUGUUCAAUCUGCGGUAAAGAUUUUACUCGAAGGGACUAUUUCAAAACACACAUGAGUACACACACUGGAGAAAAACCUUAUACAUGUCCAGUAUGUUGUAAACGUUUUGUACAAAGUCCGCAUUUGAAAAGACACAUGAGUACACACACUGGAGAAAAACCUUAUACAUGUUCAGUAUGUUGUAAAAGUUUUGUACAAAGUCCGCAUUUGAAAAGACACAUGAGAAUACACACAGUGUUGAGUUGCAGUGUGUGUGGUGAAAGAUUGUCUUCUGAGUACCAGAGUAAGAAACACAAGUGUGCUGGUGACAACAGCAGCAGCAAAUGAAACUGCAGGAUUUGAAAUAAACUGUCAAAACUUUAACUUUGACUUUCUAACAACAUCAGCACAUAGAUUCUAACAUUUAUAGAUUAGAUAUUUUAGAUUAUUGCUUUUUUCAGGCAAGUACAUGCUUUAAUAUACAACAUUGUGUACUUUUAUUUAAAAAUGAACACAACAUUUUGACUGUAAAGGUGAGAAUAAACAGGACAAAACACGUUACAAAUACUUUCUAUGUAUAUAGAGAUAUUCAGAAAUCAUUUUUAAUGAUGUUAUAGAUAAACUCCUUUAUAUGAUGUACAUAUUUGUUUUACAUGUGUUCAUACCUUUGCUUUUGAGUACACAUAAAUCCCUCUUAGUUCAUAUUUACUGGUUCACAUGUGAAACAUCUUCUGGACCACUUCUGGAAGCAUAUUAUUAUUUACUUUAUACAUCAUUUGAGCAGUUGUGUUUUAUACAAGAUCAUUUACUUUUAAAAUGUGUGACUUUAUGAAUCAUUUGUUGGGUCUCAAUAAUCCAUUCUUUUAAUUAUCUUUAUUAUUGUCUUUUGUAAUAUGAAUAUUGUUUUAUAUGUAUGUCCCCUUUAUGCAAUAUGUAGAUUGGAGAAAAUGGCAACAUUAUAUGUGGAAGGUUAUGAAGGAUAGUUUUGUUUUUAAUAAUCUACAUUUCUUAUUAAAAAAACUACACAUGACAAUUGUUUUUGUCCCCCUUUUUUAGAAUCCCUCAAACAUUAUACAUUUCAGAAAACAUGGGAA